GAGGUGUACGGAAGCGAGGUCACCGAACUCACCCUUACGGAAUCUGAGAACCCUCUGAGCGGAAGGAUCGCUCUCAUGUUUGGGCUCGAAACAGUUACGGGCACGAAGCUGCUUCGACUGGAUCCCAGCAUAUAUCAGGCCAUUCUGAAGGAGAAUCGUAGUUGGAGACGUAAUCUAUGCCGAAGCUAAUACCGGCGCAGUGAAGCGAGUAGGACGUUCAGACGCGUACGCUUCUUCAUAUGAUCUCGAGUCCGAGACAUAUGUCCCAUUACCCAAGGGUGACGUGCACAAGCGGAAGGAGAUUGUGCAGGAUGUGACUCUCGGUGACCUCGACGCAGCAAAUGCACGACCUCAGGGUGGACAGGACAUCAUGGGCGUCAUGGGCAGCCUUGUGAAAAGCGGCCGAACGGAGGUCACCGAGAAGCUACGGAAGGAGGUGAACAAAGUUGUGAAGAGUUACGUGGAUCAGGGCGUGGCGGAAGUCGUGCCCGGUGUCGUCUUCAUCGACGAGGUGCACAUGCUCGAUAUCGAGUGCUUCACCUACCUCAACGCCCUGCUCGAGUCGCCCAUGGCACCGACAGUCGUCCUUGCAACGAAUCGCGGAAACUCGCCAGUGCGCGGAACCACAGAAAUCGUCGCCCCUCACGGGAUUCCCAUUGAUCUGCUCGAUCGUUGUCUCAUCGUCAGGACAGAGCGCUACAACAAACCUGACAUCGCGAAGGUCGUCCAAUUGCGUGCUAAUGUCGAAGGGCUGCAGCUCGGACCCGGUGUGCUCGACAAGCUAGCAAGACGUGGCGACACAAGCUCACUCCGAUACGCGCUGCAGUUGCUCACGCCAGCGUCCAUCCUCGCUGGUCUGUCUGGCCGAAAACAGAUCGAGCUGGAGGACAUCAACGAGAUGGGCGAGCUUUUCUUGGACGCGAAGACGAGCGCGGAGGCGAUCGGUCCGUCAGGCGGCUUCGACGCUGACAAAACUGUGUAAUCGCGCCGAUCUAUGGUUGCGCUUCGACUGUUCUGUAUUUCUUGGCUUGGGUGCGUACAGGCGAUGAGGGCGCCGAUCCGAAGUUCAUGGCGACUGACAAAAUCUGGACAGCGCUGGGGCAGACAGGGCUGAGGACAGGCCACCAAAAAAGAAUUGCGGACCUUGUAGGACGGUCCGCAGUGUUGUACUGAUACUCAAUGUAUUAGAUCCUCAGGGCCUGCAACGUGACUCUGUAUUGAAUUGCAUUGAACGGCC